UUUAACAGCUGAAAACUUGAGGGGAAGGAGACAUGGAUUCAUCAGAGAGGUCGGAUACUACAGUCUCCGGUGCCGGUGACGAUAAUCAGCAAUCCGAACGUCCGGGGAACUCUCACGUCGAAGGUGCCGCCGAUGCCGACAAUCGGAAUGGGGAACUGCGAACGGCGUCGUUUGGUAAGAACGAGAUGCUGAAAGCCCUCGAAGUCGUGGAGAGAGACUCUAUGGCCAUCGCCCAGAGCUUCACUAGCCUCUUCGCCUCCCUCCGUACGACCCUCUCUGAGGCUACUAGCAAUUCAAUUGAGCAUAUGAGCUGUUUCAAUGAUGCAGCUGGCCGCCUUCAAGAAUGUGCUCUUGAUGCAGCAACCAAGGGGAAUCGGUAUAUAAAUUCUAGCCUCAGAUUGAAUGAGGAAAUGAAAGGAAUUGAGAAUCUUGCUGCACAACUUAAAAUCCUUCGGAGGAACGUAGAUGCACUAGACACAGCUGUGAACAGGCUCACACGUUUUCCAUGAUUCCAUUUGUUUUUUAUGAUUUAGUGAAAUUGUGAAAUGUUUAUACUUUAUACUACUCCAGUUCUACAUGGUUUUGUUCUGGUAGUUUGGGUGGAAGUAGUUAAAAUCCUGGCUUGAGAUGGACAGGUAGUGUACCACUUUGGACUAUUCUUGUACUAAUAUCAUAUAUUCUUGACAAAUGAUGGAGUA